AUGCAACAGGAGACUGAGGACUCUAUGCAACAGGAGGCUGAGGACUCUAUGCAACAGGAGACUGAGGACUCUAUGCAACAGGAGGCUGAGGACUCUAUGCAACAGGAGGCUGAGGACUCUAUGCAACAGGACGCUGAGGACUCUAUGCAACAGGAGGCUGAGGACUUUAUGCAACAGGACGCUGAGGACUUUAUGCAACAGGACGCUGAGGACUCUAUGCAACAGGAGGCUGAGGACUCUAUGCAACAGAAGGCCGAGGACUCCAUACAACAGGACAAGGACAAAAGGCAACAAAACCUAGCCAAGUAUUCAGACUCCUUCCAGCAUCCAGACUCCUCCCAGCAUCUAUACUCCCAGCACCCAGACUCCUCCCAGCAUCCAGACUCCUCCCAGCAUCCAGACUCCCCCCAGCAUCUAUACUCCCAGCAUCUAUACUCCCAGCACUCAGACUCCUCCCAGCAUCCAGACUCCUCCCAGCAUCCAGACUCCCCCCAGCAUCCAGACUCCUCCCAGCAUCUAUACUCCCAGCACUCAGACUCCUCCCAGCAUCCAGACUCCUCCCAGCAUCCAGACUCCUCCCAGCAUCCAGACUCCUCCCAGCAUCUAUACUCCCAGCACCCAGACUCCUCCCAGCAUCCAGACUCCUCCCAGCAUCCAGACUCCCCCCACUCUAUACUCCCAGCAUCUAUACUCCAGACUCCCAGCAUCCAGACUCCUCCCAGCAUCCAGACUCCCCCCAGCACUCCUCCCAGCAUCUAUACUCCCAGCACCCAGACUCCUCCCAGCACCCAGACUCCUCCCAGCAUCCAGACUCCUCCCAGCAUCCAGACUCCUCCCAGCAUCCAGACUCCACCCAGCAUCCAGACUCCACCGAGAGAAACAUCCGGAGACUGUCCAAAGACCAUGAUAACUACCAAUCAACUCACUGACCAAUGUGAACGUGUGCUGGAGUGUCUCACUCAACGUGGCGCCACUCGCAGCAAACUAUUCUCUGUUUAUCUGCCACGAAUGAAGACGGAGAGUAAAGGAGCGACGCAGAAGAAGGUCUUGUUGCUGCGACCUUCAGAGGAUGAAGACAUCUGA